AUGUCAACGUUGUCGAUGCAUCGACAACAACAGCAACAACAAAUGGUUAGCAAAAGUCUUACUUUACCAAAAAUACCACAAAAUCUCGUGCCUGUUGUUCAUAUUUUAACAUCAAGAAGUGAAAAUGAUGUUGGAAAAAAAGAUGAACCAUUUCCAUUCGAAAAAAUUAUUAAAUUUUUUCGCGAUUCUCAGACAUCACAUCUAGUCGAUCGACGUAUACGUUUUUGUCAAAAGUUAUAUCGACAUCACAGAAAUGGAUAUAAUUCGAAAGAUUUACGUCAUCUUAUGAAAAUCUUCAAUAUCCUAGCUGAUGAUUGUGAAGAACAACCACUUUAUAUAAAUCCAUUUAUAGAAAUUCUCAAGAAUUGUUCGAAACCAUUUCUUUUGGAUAAAUCAACUGAUGCAGAAAUCUAUGCACCUGUUUUAAUUUCUUUCUAUUCAGAUUUUGGAUAUCUUCUUCGUAUACCAAAUAAACGUAUUCAACAAUGCAUACUUGAAACACUUUAUAAAUCAAGUCAAUUAACAAAUAAAUCGCCUAUAGAUGAGAAUGAUUAUGAUGGUAUAAGACCAAUAAGAAUGGACUAUUUAUUACGAUUACAAUGUCACAGCGAUCUUUGUGAAACACUUACUAAAGCAAUGUCCUUUUUCGAAAAUGAUUUAACACUUCGUAUUUAUGUAGUAAAAUUAUUACAGAUUUAUUCAUCAAAAUCUUCUGAAUGUGUAGCAAGAAUGUUAACUCAUGAUUGUAUCAAUCGUUUAUUAUCAAAAAUGAAUGAUCAUGAUCCAACCGGAGAACUUUUAUUUCGUACAAUUGAAUUAUUAUGGAAUAUACUUGAACAAUGUGAUGAAGAACAAAUUAGUGAUCAAUUGGAUUCACGUGUGACUAUCAGUCUUCUUCAAGAAGCCUUUAUUGGUCAAGCUACACAAACUCAUAAUCAAUAUCAUUGUCAAUUAAGAAAUGAUAUUCUUAUUGUUUGUUCACUUGUGAUGGGUCUCAAAUCCGAUGCUCCAGUGAUUGAAACCGGUUUUGCUAAACAAUUACUUUUAUUUGCUUCUUAUCCUGAAGUACGUAGUAAUAAUCCAUUAGUAAAAAAUUAUAAAUUUACAAAAUCUGAAGAAGAUUUUGAAUUUAAAAAAUUAUUAAUUAAUACAACUGUUAUACUUAGUCGAAAUCCGAUGAUGAAUGAAUUAAUAACGAAUAGUCGAGUUAUACUCGCUUUAUUAUCUUAUAUUGAACCAUUACCAAGAAAAAAAUCUCCUGGAAUAAAUACAUUUGAAUGGUCGUUGUCACAAAUAGAAGAACUUCAAUUACAUGCACUUACAGCUCUUUCAAUUCUAUUACCAAAUUCAUUAAAUGAAUAUUUUGAAUAUCAUACCGGUACAAGGCUUUUAUUAUUUUAUGAAUGGACAAUAAACGAUGAUGAAUUUAAAAGUCAAGGAAAUAGUUUUUUUGGUAAAGGUGGUCGAAAUAAUAAACGAUCACAAUUAAAACAUAUAUUAAAAUUAUUUCGUAGUAUUGUAUCAACAAAAGAUGAACGUAUUUUUAUGGAUUUAUGUGAUCAAGGAAUGAUUCCAUUGAUAACAGGAUAUUUAAGACGUUUGAUUCAAGAAAAAUCCAUGUCUAUGGAUACUGUUGAUUUAGAUAUUAUUUGUGAUGGAUUAUUUAUUUUAAGUUGUGUAGCUGAAUCAGAUGUUCAUAGAAAAGAAAUUUUUGGAUCUGAAGGUAUUGAAAUAUUAAUUCAAAUACUUCUUAUGGAAUCAUCACAUGUAUGCGGUGGUCUUGGUUAUUAUCGUUUACUUGUUGCAGCUAUUGAUUGUGUAUGGUGUUGUGUUGUUGGUAGUGUUAUUAAUGAAGAUGAAUUUAUUCAAAAACAAGGUCUUUUCGCUUUAUUAGAUUUAAUUGAAUCAAAUCCAAAAUCUUUACAAAAUAUUAUCCUGGGUUGUUUAUUAGAUUUAGCAGAGAAUUUAAAAUGUAUUCAUUUUCUCAUGGCAUGGCAAGGGCAUAAACAACAACAAUUUGUACAUGUUCUUUGUGAAUUAUGGCGAGAUGAAGAACGUGAAAUAUAUGUUUCUCGAACAGCAAGAGGUGUCAUCAGUGAUCCUACAAAGCCUUUAAUGGGUGCUCUUCAACAAUCAGUACCAAUUGUGCCACUUAAACGUUCCGAACCAUCAAGAUCAGUUUUAGAUUUAAUCGAUAAUAUGCGUUCAAAAAUCUAUGGAUUUUUUUGUAAAAUUGGUUUUGGUCAAUUACCUGGUUUACACGAAGAAGAUUUUGUAACAUUAUGUAUAAUUGAAAAUUUCUUGGAUUUUAAGAUGGGUGAAAUCUGGCAAGAAAUUAUGACUGAACUUGAAAUGGAAGGUACUAAAUUAAUUUCAACAGAUACGGAAGCAACUGAUACGAUUUUACAAGCAACUCAAGAACGUGUAUUAGCUGUUGCUGCAACACAAAAUUAUAUCUUAGAACAAUAUAAUAAACAAGAUUUACAAGAAGAAAAAGGAUUUUAUGAUGAUGUAAGAGAUAAAACUUUGGUUUAG